CAGCCACAAUUACCAUUUUCACUCACUAUCCAUCCAUGCCUAAAGUACGGUCAAAGCGCUCAACCUCGCACAACGCCUCUGUAAAGUUUACCACCGUAAAGUCUCAAUUUCUUGAAGAUGAUUCUGGAUCUCCGGUUGCACAGACAGUAGAGUAUGAAUCAGACCCAGCUCCGGCCCUUAAGAAAAAGGACAAACAUCAGAUAAAGCGAGAGGCAUUUUUGCAGAGACUCGAGUUAACCCAAUCCCCGUAUUCGAAAUCUCAUCAGCGCCGUAUAAAGAAAAAGGCCAAAGAACAGAUAGGCCAUGGACUCGAAGAGAUCCGGACGGCACUCGAAUCUGUCGAUGAUAGCCGUGCUCUAUCUACAAUAGUCCAAGAUGCCUCCGCUACCGCAGGAAAGACAGACAAAUCACAAAUGAAGGUCGAUGGAGAUGAAGACACCCCGAAAUCAGUGCAUCAGUCCAAAGUUAAAUCCAACCAGAUUGGUGAAGGAAAAGGCGCAACACUGUCAAAUACUCAACGGAAGAACGCGCUAAAAAUUGAGCGUCUUCGCUACCCACUCAUCCUUUCCAAUCCUCAAUUCGGAUCCAACCCCUUUCAAACCAUUCGAACUCAUGCCCAAAACACACUCAUUAAGCAUGUUCCGACAUGAGAUGAUUCACGGAUGGGCUGCGUAAAGAGGCUAUGUACACAAACUACAGACUUGUAUACUCAGUGUAUUCCUUGGAAUGCCGACACUCUGAUAUCGUCUUCAGUCCCGAACCUUGACGCGCAACGGCAUUUGAAUACCAUCCAUCCAAUGGCCUUUCUUCAUUGGGAUCAUCAAUCCUGCCGGUACACGCUGUAUGUCAUCCAAGCCUUCGGGUCCAGGAGAAAAUUCAAAUUUCUAUACAUGCUCGAACACCAGCA